GGGAGAGAGAGGAGGAGAGGGGGGGGAGAGUGGGAGAGAGAGAGGACUGUAACAGGCUCGCUGGCUGUACGGAAUCAGGAAUACGGGUCUGGAUCAGCAACACCUGAGCUGCCAUGACCCAACACUCAUCAGGAGCCAGAACGCCCUCUGAAUAAGACCUCAGCCGAAUGGCUGAACACAGCAUGGAGGAAAUGACCGUGGCCAAUGGGACAUCCCCUUCUUACCUGCAGAAGGUCGGACCACCAGCCUCCAGCCGGACAGAUGAUGAGCUUCAGCCCCGCCCCUGGCCCCGCCCCAGGCCCCGCCCAGACGCCCUGCUGUCACAGCUGCAUAUUCCUCCAUGCUCUGCGGUGUCGUUGCCAUGGCCACUAGAGUCACGCAUCACAGGGGGACCAACCAGCAGUGGCAGUAACAAUGAGGAGGCGGAGCCUGAGGCUCAGAGACAUGCCCACUUGACCAAUCAGCUCCUGCAGGGGCAGGAAGAGGCGGAGACUGUGGUCAGUGGGCAGGGUGAACGGGUGGGUCUGGAUCACUUUGAGGCAGAGGAGUCCCACCCACCCAAACCCUGGGCCCCUGUACGUCCCAGGACACUGGCACUGAAGGGCCACGCCCUCACUCUGGGGGUAGGGGUGCGAGUGGAGGGCAGGACAGUGGGUGGGGUGGCAGCUGAGGCAAUGUUUAGAGAAGGUGGGGAAAUGGGCAAGGCUGUGGGCAGGGUAGUGAUUGGAGAGAACAGGGACCUGGGUGUGGCUAAAUGGAGAAGGGAAGUGGGUGUGGCCACAGGGGGCAGGGAAAUGGGCGGGGCUACAGGGGGCAGGAAAGUGGGUGGGGUUACAUGUGGGGCAGCAGGUACGGAAGUGGGCGGGGCUACAGGUGGGACAGCAGGUAUGGAAGUGGGCGGGGCUGCAGGGGGCAGGAAAGUUGGCGGGGCUGGGGGGCAGCAGCUGUUGCAGUGGGGCCUGCAGAGGUCAGACAGCCUGGAGAGUCUCCUGAGCAGGUUUGGGCUGCGGGACGGGGGCCCCAAGGAGGCAGGGGGCCCUGUGGGAGGGCUCAGGAGGGCUGACAGCUGGGAGAGCCUGUACAGCGUGCUCCACGAUCCCCAAAACUGCAGCCAGGACACACAGAGGUCAGGUGCUGUCUGUCAGACAGACUCUGACUGUGAUUUAGGCAUAUAUGGGCACAGUCGGAGCACACAGACCCCCCAAGGGUGCGGUGUCUCUGCGGAGGACCCGCUGAGCCCCAGGUACGAGCUGGCCAUGCGUCUCCUGGAUCAGGCCCGCAGGAAGACCCGGACCGGCCCAGUCCAGGCCUCACACGCCCUCUUACCUGAACAUACCUGCAUACCUAUACACAGCACCAGCGUGGCAAGGCUCCCAGAGAGGGAGGGGCCCGUGGGCGUGUGUGGUUACCUCAGCGACUCCUCGAGUGGCAGUUCGGGUGUGUCGUCACGGCGACGCUGCGGCCCCUCCCCCACGCGGGUGCGCUUCCAGGACGAGUCGGAGAUGGAGGCCGAGCGGCGCUACCUGGAGCGCCAGCGUUCCGACCGCCCGCCGAAGCCCCACGCCCCCCCGACCACCCGGGGGCGGAGCCAGGACGGUCACUCCUCCUCCUCCUCCUGCCGCAGGAAGAGGAGCAGCUCACAGGGGGAGGCACUGGCCAGGGACAGGAGGUGCAGUUCCUGUGAGACCUUCAUGAGGGGCACCUCGUUGCCCCGCCCAAACCCCGCCUCAAACCGCGCUCCCCUCACCCACCCUGGCCCGGUGGACCCGCACUGGGGGACGGUUCCGCCCCACUGGGUCACCUCAGGCCUGCCGGGGGAGGGGCAGAGUGCCGGGGGUGGGGGUGGGGUUGUGGGGGACUCCUCUUUGGGGAGGUCCAGGAGGAGGAGGGGGGGUAAGAGAGCGGAGAGGGGCACAGGCCUGGAUCUGCCCCCAGAGCUAGAGGAUUUGACUCCACAGCUGUACUCUACAGAACAGCACAGCCCCCUGAGCCUGCACCCCACCAGAGCCCCGCCUCUUGCCCCGCAUGGGUACUGGCCAACCACAGUUGAGACCACAGGCCAGCCGAACACAGCAGGUACAGGCAUCUCCCUACCACUAGGGGGCGGGUCAGAGUCACAGGGGGAGGAGGGGCUAUGGAUGAAAUCACAGUGGGAGGAGCCUUGUGAGCAUGCACGUGGACCGGACCCGCAGCAGGUCCGGCCCAAGCUGUCCCUGCGCCGGUUCUUCUCCGCCAUUGGGCUGAACAGCGGCAGCUGGCUCCGCCCCCGCCAGGCCUGCAGUGUGGAGCGACUGAGCUCCGCCCACCAACAGGGCUCCGCCUCCCAAACCCAAAACCCCGCCCCCAGCCCCGCCUCUGGGCACCACAUUUGGCUGAGAAAGACCCCCUCUCUGCAGUCACUGGGACAGCAGAGGCCGCCCCUGAUUGUACUGCGGAGGUCAUCCUCAGUGCAGGAACUGCCAAUUCAGAUGAAGGAAGAACUCUCCAACCUGUACAGACAGGACGCGCCACCUCACAGUCCAUCUCACGGCAGGGGGCUCCAGCAGACUCUGAGCGUAGAGGACGUGGGGAGGCCCAGUGGGGUGGGGUCUCUGGGACGAGUCGUCCAGGUCUUCUCUGACGGGACCCUCCUCCUGGAGCUCAACAGACCCCACAACGGGCCCUUUGGGUUCCUGAUCAGCCGGCCCAACGGUCGGGCCGACUCGGGCGUGUAUGUGGAGCGUAUGCAGGGCGGGGGGAAGCUGUACGUUGGCCUGCUGGGAGAGGGGGAUGAGAUCCUGGAGGUGAACGGGCAGAAGGUCGCCGAGCUGAGUCUGGAGCAGGUCACCCGCCUGAUGACCCACAACACCACAGCCUUCCUCAGAGUGCUGAGCCACCGGCGGGUCCAGCGCUAGGCAACCACCGGCCGGGCGCUGGGCAACAGUCAGCCAGUUUCUAGGCAACAGAGCGACAUGAUGCUGUGGGAUUGGUCGGACUGGCCAAGCAAAGGGAAAUAAAUCCUGACUGAAACUGUGUGUGUGUUUGCGUGCGUGCGUGCGUGCAUGUGUGCGUGCGUGUGUGUGUGUGUGUGUGUAUGUGUGCGUGUGCAUGUAUGUUUGUGAGUGCGCAUGCUUGUGUGUGUGUGUAUGUGUGCGCAUGUGCGCAUGUGCAUGUGCACGUGUUUGUCCCUGUGUGUGUGUGUGUGUGUGUGUGCAAGUGUAUGUCUAUGCUGACCUGCUAUUGAAAGAGGAACCAUUAAUUUUGAUGUGAAAUAUGAACCCAGAGGACCACAGAGACCAAAGCUGCAUCCCACAGUGCUUUGAGUGGCAUGUAGGGUAAACACUGCUUAAUGGCACCAGGUCAAAUGCUCAUAUUUUGGUUGUCACUUCUGAUAGAUUAUAUUACCUGCGCUUCUGAUGUCAGCUACAUAGUGAAAUGACAAAAUACUAAAUUCUCCAUUAGCGAUUGCUUUGUAAUUUUGUAAAUGUAAAAUAAAAUAUAUCAAAAUGUG